UCUCCCAACUGCGCAGGCGCUCUGGGCCCUAGCCCUGCCCCAGCGAUGGCUGCUGGGGCUCCCUCAUCCAGCCCCAGUCCUAUCCUGGCUGCGCUAUUCUUCUCCUCCUUGGUGCUCUCCCCUGUCCAGGCCAUUGUGGUCUACACGGACAAGGAGGUCCACGGUGCCGUGGGCUCCCAGGUGACCCUGUACUGCUCCUUCUGGUCCAGUGAGUGGGUUUCAGAUGACCUCUCCUUCACCUGGCGCUACCAGCCUGAAGGGGGCCGUGAUGCCAUCUCGAUCUUCCACUACGCCAAGGGACAGCCGUACAUCGAUGAGGUGGGGACCUUCAAAGAGCGCAUCCAGUGGGUAGGGGACCCUUACCGGAAGGAUGGCUCCAUUGUGAUCCACAACCUGGACUACAGUGACAACGGCACUUUCACCUGUGACGUCAAAAACCCACCAGACAUAGUGGGCAAGACCUCUCAGGUCACGCUCUAUGUCUUUGAAAAAGUGCCUACUAGGUACGGGGUGGUGCUGGGAGCCGUGAUCGGGGGCGUCCUGGGGGUUGUGCUGUUGGCGCUGCUGCUCUUCUACCUGAUUCGGUACUGCUGGCUCCGCAGGCAGGCGGCCCUGCAGAGGAGGCUCAGUGCCAUGGAGAAGGGCAAAUUGCACAAGGCUGCGAAGGACUCUUCAAAGCGCGGCCGGCAGGUUAGCGGGACUUGGGAAGCCGCCGGGCAGCCGUCGAGGGCGGGCUGGGAACAGUCAGGCCCUACCGGACGGGUCCCUGAUGCAUGCGCUCCUCCCCGCAGACGCCGGUGCUGUACGCCAUGCUGGACCACAGCAGAAGCACCAAAGCUGCCAGUGAGAAGAAGGCUAAAGGGUUGGGGGAGUCUCGCAAGGAUAAGAAAUAGCGGUUAGCGGGCCGGGCGGGGGGUCGGGAGUUAGGGGCGGAGGUUUCCAAAGGCGCUCGGGUGGUGGUCAUCGAGAUGGAGCUACGGAAGGAUGAGCAGGGCGCGGAGCUCCGGCCUGCUGUCAAGUCCCCCAGCAGAACCAGCCUCAAGAACGCCCUCAAGAACAUGAUGGGCCUGGACUCAGAAAAGUGAUCACCCCCCCUCCCAAGGCCCUGCCAGAGCAGGGGGACCUCCGGUCCUCUAUCCCCCGUCUAGGUGCUUUCCUCCUUAGCUCCCCAGCCCUGCCCUGCCCUCACUUCCUUUUGAGAUGUAAGUUUCAUUCCAGACUCCAUUACCCAGGCACUUCAUAUGCUCCCCCUCUUUCACCCCUGGCUUUCUGGAAGCCCAGUCCCCAUCCUGUCUUUCACUUGCCCCAAGGACUGCGUGUUUGGUGCCUGUUCCUCUGGCGCCGAGAAGAAAGGGACCUUGAUACCCCUGCCUCAAAUCCAGGCCACCUGACGUUUCGAUCGCCUGCACCAGCUAGCCUGUCCUUCUGACUCUCUCCUUUCUGACCCUCCUCCCUCUCCUCCUUCAGGUGGUCGAGCUCCAUACUCUACCCUCCCAGCUAACACCCAGGUCACCCAGAUCAGACUGUCCUUCAGGGUUUAUUUAGGUUGUUAGUUAUUUUUUAUUUUUUAAUCCGUUCUUCUUUAUUUGUUUAUCUGUGCCCAUGCUCUACCCUCCCCCAUGACUGAGUACCAAUGACGUCAUGUGGCUUUUGCAAUUCUUCACCACCACCACCCCCCCCUUUAAAACCUUAAUGGAGAGCCAGCCCAAGCAGAGGGGCUCCUGAUCCUCAAACUUCAGCUACAGGAAUGGUGCCCCCUGACCACUCUGGAGCACUCUUCUGGGACUCAAGGUCACGGGAAUGGAGAGAGGGAGACAAAGGAUCCUCACAGGUCAGGAGUUGAGGAAGGGGCAAAUGAGCCUUAAGAAAUAGCUUUUAAAUAACCAAAGAAAAAGUAGAAGAAACAAAUGGGAUAUAGGGGGAAAGGGAAGAGGUUGCACUCCCAGCCACAGGGGAUUCUUAGGAUUUUUCUACAUCCUGUAUAUUUCUUCUCAAACCCCCCAAAUGUCCUUUAAUGUUUAAUAAACACUGAC